AUGGACGAGGCGGCGAAGUGCCAGGCGAAGAUGGACGCGGCGACGGCGCUGAUCGACGGCCUGGCGGGCGAGCGCAUCCGCUGGACGGAGCAGUCGGCCGCCAUGAAGUCGGAGAUCGAGCGCCUGAUCGGCGACGUGCUCGUGCUGGCGGGCUUCCUCUCGUACGCGGGGCCCUUCAACCAGGAGUUUCGCAGCCAGCUGUACCGCUCGUGGGUGGCGGCCCUGAGCAGGCGCCACGUGCCUGCCUCGACCAACCUCAGCGUCAUCGACUGCCUCACGGACGCCCCCACGAUCGGCGAAUGGAAUUUACAAGGGCUUCCUGACGACGAACUGUCCGUGCAGAAUGGCAUCAUCACUACCAAGGCACCUCGUUUCCCUUUAAUGAUAGACCCUCAGGGUCAGGGAAAAGCGUGGGUGAAGAACAUGGAGGCACAGAACUCUAUAUUGAUAACAACAUUGGAUCACAAGUACUUCAGAAAUCAGUUGGAGGACAGCAUCUCCUUAGGAAGCCCUCUGCUUAUUGAAGACGUGGGCGAAGAGCUGGAUCCAGUCUUGGAUAACGUUCUCGAGAAAAAUUUCAUCAAAGUAGGUACGAAGUGGAAGGUGAAGCUGGGCGACAAGGAAGUGGACGUCGAUGAGGACAAAUUGCGCAUCUACCUGACGACGAAGCUGCCCAAUCCUGCGUACACGCCCGAGAUCUUCGCAAAAACUUCGAUCAUUGAUUUCACAGUCACCAUGAAGGGUCUGGAGGACCAGCUGUUGGGGCGAGUGAUCCUGUCGGAGAAGCGAGAGUUGGAGACGGAGCGCGUUUCGCUGUUGAUGGACGUGACGCUCAACAAGAGGAAGAUGAAGGAGCUAGAGGAAAACCUGCUGCUGAAGCUGACCACCGUGCAAGGCUCCCUGCUAGACGAUGACACCGUCCUGGAGGUGUUGACCGUGACAAAAAACACGGCGGCGGAGGUGCGCACCAAGCUGCAGAUCGCCUCCGACACAGCCAUCAAGAUCACGGCGGCGCGAGAGGAGUUCCGGCCGGUGGCCACUAGAGGUUCCGUGCUCUAUUUCCUUAUCGUCGACAUGGCUAAGAAAUCUAAUAGUUUGCGUUGGCACCAAGAUGGAUUAUCAGAUUCAUAUGACAGUUCACUACCUUGUACUACAUCAGGCAAAACCUAUUUAUCUACAUUUUAA